AUGGUGACGGCGAACGACAGAAUUCCGCGUUCAAGCGUUCACGUAACGCCUUUAUCCGUACCUAAAGACAGGGCUCGUGGAUCGAGUGAGGAUACUAGGCACAAGCGAAAUAUAUCUUCUCGCAGCAGUACCAAGACUAGCGAGUCAUCGACUAAUCAAUCGCAAAUGACGCCUCCAGCAACCCCCAAUAGCUCGCAGGAGGAUCUGAGUCAACAUCUGGAGAGCCAUCUGCCCGUUUUCCAUAACUUCCUACGAGCCUUCUAUCCCUUCAAUCCAACAUAUACCGUCUCAGAUUCUACAGUUACCUUGCCAUUGAACGAGGGCGAUGUGAUACUAGUACAUUCAAUCCACACGAAUGGCUGGGCAGACGGCACUCUUCUCGCCUCUGGCGCCAGAGGAUGGCUACCAACGAAUUAUUGCGAAGCCUACGGCCCCCACUCGAUGCAAAACCUUCUGAUGGCACUCCUGCAUUUUUGGGACUUAUUACGAAGUGGUAUGAACAUCGACGGCGAAGUUUUUGGCAACCAAGAAUUUAUGCGGGGUAUUAUUGCGGGUGUUCGAUCUUUAUUGGAGAAAUCUAAUUGCCUGACGCGAGAAUCAACUCUCGUUCAGAGCAAUGAGGGCCUACGACGCCAUCGCAAAGCACUGUUAUCAGACCUCUCCUCCCUCGUCAAGACGGCGAAACGCUUACAAGAAUGCACCGCAACCUUGCCUCAUAACCAGUACGACAGUGACGAUAUCAACAACACCAUCGAUGAGAUGAUCUUGAAGGCAUUCAAAAUCGUGACCAGAGGCGUUCGAUUCCUCGAUGUUUUGGACGAUGACGUCCGGACGCGACAUCCGGUUCACCGGGUAAUGGCCACUGUUGCAGAAGAAGCUUAUAACCCGCCAACUCCUCCAGCGGAUGCAACGUCAUUUGAAGGAACACAGCAUGGAGACCCUGCAUACGAUGCGGCAUCCCGCAGGAGCUCGAGUCGCAGUUCGGCAAGCGGCCUGCCUACAGCGCAGCAAUUUGAAGAACAAACGAAACGACAGUCAUGCCAACGCAUGUUGGGCGCUCACUCAACCAACGCGCCGCCUCCAAGGCCAUUGUCUAUGACCCGACCGUCUUCAAUGCAGCUCAACAGACAGUCAGUCUCACAUCGCUUGUCUCUUACGGCUUCCAUUCCAGCUGCGCAACGACAGAAUCUCGUUUCCGAGAGACUGAAUGUUAGUCACGAUACCUUCCUCUCCUUCCUAGGCUCCUUUAUCGGCCGGUUACAUCUGCAGUCACAAUCCGCUCUCGAGCUUCUCUCUUCGGUCCGUCAGUGUGUGAACGCGGGUCACAGUCUCUUAAUGGUGGUCGCGGCGAUAUGCGCGCAUGAUAAUCAAAGCGCGGAUGCGUUGGAAGCAGCCCGGGACGCUAUGUAUGAUAGAAUCAACAAGUUGGCUGCUGCUGCGCGAGACAUUGUUAAAGCGUCCGGGGUAGAGGACGAGAACGUAGUCAUGCGACAACAGAAUGAGGGUUUGCUUACGGCUGCAACUGGUUGCGUGAAAGCUGCAGGAGAAUGUGUCGCCAAGACCAAGUUUGUCAUCGAAAGAAUCGGCGACUUCGAGUUCGAGUUCAAGAGUCAGGGUCUUGGUAUUGAUAUACCGUCAAUUGGCAGUGUUGGGGAUCAGUCUGAACGCAAUGUUGAGGUUGAGCCUAGUCAACCAGAGCCCGCAAGUCGACCCCCGCCUCCACCCUUGAUUAUUCCAAGUUACGAAAAACCAUUGCCAGAUGUACCUCUUGCCUCUCCACCAGUUAAAGACACAAGCAAUCAUUUAUCAGCCGGGAAUGUCGAACCUGUGGUACAAAAUGGAUGGGCAUCGAGCGCAACGGCAUCGAGCACAACGGCAUCGAGCACAACAGCCUCAAGCGCCUGGACAGAUUCGUCAUCCCGGUCAUCGACAGUGUCAAUCCUACCUCCGCUUCCCAAACUCACCAGUCCUUUGUUAAACAACGAAGAUUACAGUCCUUCGGAGCCGUCAUCUGGACAUGAGAGUGAAUACCAGCCUUCUUACAGGAAGGGUAGUGGGAUUUCAAGUACAGGGACGAACAGCACGUAUCUCAGCAGCAUGCGCGACUCAGAGUUGAGUCUGCUUUCUCAAGCCUCGACGCGUGCUACAACCCCAGACAUUGCACCGUAUGUUCCACGAAGUAAGCCUUCCCUUUCAGAAAUGAGUGCUACUGGCAGCCAUUCGACUCUGGCAGACGAUUCUGCUGAGGAGGGCGAGUCGAAAAUGCUUGAAAAGACCUUUGCGCAUGAGCUUCUGCAUAAUAAAGACGGUCAUAUUACUGGAGGCAGUCUCUCAGCUUUAGUAGAGAGACUUACCACCCAUGAUUCUACUCCAGACGCAAUGUUUGUUUCGACAUUUUACCUGACAUUCCGAUUGUUUGUUACACCAAUCAAACUAGCUACAGCUUUGGUUGAGAGGUUUGAAUACGUUGCAGAGAGUCCUCAUAUUGCAGGACCAGUACGAUUGCGGGUUUAUAAUGUCUUCAAGGGCUGGCUAGAAUCCCAUUGGCGCGACCUUUCGGAUCAUGAUUCACUUGUAGUGAUAGAGCCUUUUGCCAAAGAGAAGCUUGGGAAAGUUCUCCCCGCCGCUGGACGAAGACUACUUGAGCUAGCUCAGAAGGUAACAUCGACCGAGGGACCUCUCGUUCCUCGCCUUGUUUCUUCUAUCGGGAAAACUUCGACGUCUAUUUCGCAGUACAUUCCAGCCGAUACCCCGCUCCCUCCAUCGACCCUGACCAAGAGCCAAGUGGGUGUUCUUAAGAACUGGAAAAUGGGCGGAAGCAACCCGACCAUUCUGGACUUCGACCCUCUCGAGUUAGCUAGGCAAUUGACUAUCAAAGAGAUGAAUAUCUUCUGCGCCAUCAUGCCAGAAGAGCUCUUAGGCUCUGAGUGGACCAAGCGAUCCGGAUCCAAUGCGGUCAAUGUUCGAGCAAUGUCAACCCUCUCCACCGAUCUGUCCAAUCUGGUAGCCGACACCAUUCUGCAGUACGAGGACAUGAAGAAGCGAGCAGUGAUCAUCAAGCACUGGAUCAAAAUCGCUCACAAGUGUCUCGAGCUUAAUAACUAUGAUUCGCUCAUGGCUAUCAUCUGCUCUUUGAACUCCUCUACCAUUGUCCGACUCAAGAAAACCUGGGAUGUGGUUUCACAAAGGCGGAAGGAGAUGCUAAAGGGUCUGCAGGCAAUUGUCGAACCCGACAAAAACUAUGCUACUCUUCGAAAGCGUCUCCAUGACCAUGUGCCCCCUUGUCUCCCUUUCGUCGGGACCUACCUUACGGAUUUGACAUUUGUCGACGCUGGUAACCCUGCAACAAAGCAACUUCCUGGAGUCGGAAACAGCGAUGGCAUGGCAGUCAUCAACUUUGAUAAGCACACUCGAACGGCAAAGAUCAUUGGCGAGCUCCAACGCUUCCAGAUUCCAUACCGUCUUGCGGAGGUUCCAGAGAUGCAAGAGUGGAUACAAGCACAGAUUGUUCGCGUCAAAUCGACUUCUGAGCAUGAAAAUGUGCAGCAGUUCUAUCGCAAGAGCUUGUUACUUGAGCCUCGAGAAAACCUGCCUCCAAAGGGUAGUCCUAUUGAGGGACAGAACAGCUUCCCACCUGUUGCACCAUCGAAGGAGAAGUUCGACAUUUUCGCAUGGACGCAUUCUAAGGACAAAGCAACUAUCCCAGCAACCCCCAUUUAA